AUGACAACACCAGGCCCCCCUCCCCUCACGGGCAUCAAAGUCCUCGAAUUCGCAGGCCUCGCACCCGGCCCCUUCGCAGGCAUGCUCCUCGCCGACGCAGGCGCCUCCGUAAUCCGCAUCGACCGCGCCUCCGACACGCGCUCCCUACCAACCUCCGACUCCCUCACCCGGCACAAGGCCUCCAUAGCCGUAGACCUCAAGUCCCCCCACGGAACCUCCUUCAUAAAAGAACUAGUCGCCCAAGGCGCCGACGUGCUCAUCGACCCCUUCCGUCCAGGUGUCCUCGAGAAACUCGGCCUCGGACCCGACGUCCUCCUCAGAAUCAACCCCCGCCUGAUAUACGGCCGUCUAACAGGGUACAGACGGGACGGGAAAUACGCAAACAUGGCCGGCCACGACAUAAAUUACAUUGCUGUCUCCGGCGCGCUCAGCCUGCUCGGCCGUGCGGACGACACGCCGCACCCGCCGACGAAUAUCCUCGCUGACUUUGCUGGCGGGGGUGCGAAUCUCUUCCAGGGGAUUUUACUGGCUUUGCUUGCGAGACAGACUUCCGGAAAGGGACAGGUCGUGGAGGCGAACAUGGUGGAUGGGUCAGCAUAUCUCGCUACGUUUACGAGGUUUGGUCUGAAAUCAGGGAUGGGGGCUCGCGGUCGUGGAAGGAACUUAUUAGACGGCGGGUGUCCUUAUUACGAGACGUAUGAAACCAAGGACGGGAAGUACUUCUCCGUAGGGGCUCUGGAGCCCCAAUUCUUCAGAGAACUCAUCAAGGGAUUGGGCCUUCUGGAUCAGGGGCUCGAGGAGAAGCGGUUCGACUUUGACGAGUGGCCUGGCAUGCGGGCCCUUUUCAAAGACACGUUCAAGCAGAAGACACGAGCGGAGUGGGAGGCUAUCUUCGACGGCACGGACGCGUGUGCCGCUCCGGUGCUGGACUACGAUGAAUUAGAGAACGACACUGCGAGGGAGGGGGAUCAGCGUCCGUCAGUGACGUUACGCGGGACUCCGUGUUUGGCGAUAAAACAGCGGCCAGAGGGACAAGCUGAUCCUGUUAUGCACGGACAGGGACAAGGCGUUGCUGGAGAUGGAUAUGAAGGCGGGACAUUGGCGCCGGGGGAUGGUGGUGACGACAUGUUGGAGAAGUGGCUCGGUUGGAAAAGAGGGAGGGAAUAUGAUGUGCAGAAGGGUGCUUAUGUAUUGACAAGAGGAGUGUCGAAGCUGUAA